CGCCUAUGUCCAGCACCCCUGCGGACAGUGAUAAUGCGAGUAGAGCCAGUGGUGACGAAGCUGAUGCCUCAGAAUCACCGGAUACGCGCACGGAGCAUACCACGCCACCCGUCCAACGGACACUGACGAGUUAUUCUUCGGCUGAUUCUCUCAUUCGCCGCACUAUGCACAGCAAACCCAGAGCCGCGCGCGCACGUCCCAGGAUCUUUGAGGCUAUGGCCGACGAUGCGUGGUUGGCGAAUACUCGCGCACGUCCACGCUCGCCUCUGUCGUCCCAAGUGCAGCCUGCUCCUGCCGAAAUGACUUCAGCCCCAGAUUCAGUGUCCUCGAUGGCGUCGUCAACCAGACUACCUUCGCGUAUGCCCAUCCCCGUUGCAAUGCGUAUGACUACCAUGCGGGCUGCCGUAAUUGAACACGGAGGCAAUGAAAACCCCUCAUCUGCCUCGUGUUCCGACCCGCCUGGAUCCCAAGAGGCCAGGACGAAAGGCACAGGAAAGGUGAACGACCUAAUCAAUUCACAAGCAGAUGUUUCUACUCCAGUGGAUGCCCAAGUGCCCAACCGACACACGCUACAGCCGGUCAAGCUCAAGCUUUCCCUCCCGAUAAAGGCGGUUGAGAGUUCAUCUCAAAGUGCGCACCGUCGUUCGGAAUCUUCAAGUACAAGUAGUCUGGAGAGUAUGAGAUUCGUGACCCCUGAUUCUGAGUGAUGUGUUCCAUUUUGGUUUCAUUCUCACAUGUUCCCUGUUUAGUUGGGCCUGCGAUUGGCAACAGGUCACCCGAUGCAUUAUGUCACGAUUUUUGUCAUGAAUGUACUAUACAAUACUAAUGGAAUAGGAGUAUUCACAGUA